AUGCAUCAAGGUAACCAGCCUGGUCAUCCCGGACAGAUGACGCCCCAGCAGCUUCAUCUACAGCAGGCCCAGCUAGCCCAGCCGAUGGGGCAGCAACAAGUCCCACAAGGCCCUCAAGGUCAAGGGCACCAACCUCAACCUCAACCGCAAGGACAACCACAACAACAAGGACAACAACCUCCGCCCCAGCAACAACCGGGACAGCAGCAGCAAAAUGGUCCGCAGCCCGGCCAACAACCUCCGUCAAAUUCACAGGGUCCCCAAAGGGCUCCGACGCCGGCGGUUGCGCAAUCGAAUCAACCGCAAACCCAAGGACCGAGCCCCGCGCAAGGGAACCAGCAGCAACAACCACAGGGACAGGGCCAGCCACCGAAUGGCCCGCAGAGCCAACCUCAGCAACCUAACGCGCAGUCACUACAAGCAGGCCCGCACAUCCAAAUCCCAGCCGGCAUGCAGCAGCAAUUGCUACACCAGCAGCAGCACAAGAACGAUGGCAUGAAAGGCCACUGCCUAUUAAAACUACUCCAAUUCGGCGAGCACCUCAGCGGGUAUCACGGCUCAAGAACAAAGGAUGAUUUGUCAUACUGGAAUAGUUUCGUGGCGCAAUUCUUUUCUCCUAGAGGAGUCUUCAGGCUCUCCUUAUUCGAUGUCGGCAUCGAAAUGGCGAAUGCGGAACAUGGGGAUAAGCAGUAUGAAAUAACACAACCGGCGCUAGCCCGAUAUUUCCAUACGCACUUCGAGAGUGGCAUCAGGAGGAUCAACCUAACCUUCGAAAAAGGGAUUACCGACAGACCGUUGCCGAACGGGUGUCAUUUCAUCGAGAACCAGAAAGCAAACCUGACCUACUGGUUCGACAAUUCGCAUGUCGUCGCGACGGGAACACUCAGAGCGCAGUUCGACAGCGACCAGAAAUUAGAACUCUUGGAAUUUAUCACGCAAGGUCACGAGGAAUAUCAUUCAAGGAAGAUGGUCAUCGAGGCCGCAAAACCAGCGCACAACUGGGUCAAAGAGUGGCUUAAAGUGAAUGGGCAAGAUACGCGAUUAUCUCCAGAGAUGAGUAAGAAGGGGAAGAAACUGAUGAAAUCGCCCCAAGUUCCGCCACCUGAUAUCGACCUGCCCCAAUCGGCCGUGAAACAAAAUUCAGGCAUCACGGAAGCGGUGUUCCAAUUUCUCGAGAUUAUCGAAGUUGUUGGACAAAUGAAUCCACUGUUCAACUUCUACCACACACAUCCCGGCCUUUCGCCAUACGCCGCGCUCGAGCAAUACGUCAGCCAGAACAUUCAAAACGCCCCGCAGCAAACCGUGGUUAACGGCCAACCCCAAGGCAACGGACCGCCAAACCCACGGACGCCUAACUUUAGUCAAUUCCCGAUGGGUGCUUCACCCGCGGCGACACACUUGCAGCUUCCGAACUCUCCUCACCUCGGUAGCCCCGCUCAAGGACACAUGCAAGCACCAGGCAUGCAACUACAGCAGAGUCAGCAAGGGACGAACUCUAGCGGGCCUAGCGCUAACACGAGCCCAGCAAGCAAUAAGCGGAGGAGGCCGUCGACCGUUAAGACCGAAGAAGAGAGCGGCGCCCCCACACCUUCGAGCAUGGGAGGUCAAGUAAACGGCGUCGGAAUGGCUAACAAAAAGCCUCAGACGACGCCUCGGUUACAGAAACGCUUGAAGGGUAACCCAGCGUGA